GCCCGAUUAUUUUGUUUCCCCUCCCUCUCUCCCGCCCCACAUCUCUCUUCAGCCCUCUCUCGCCCUUGCUUGCGCAGCCAUGGCGGAGUCGUCGGCGGCCACUCAGUCCCCGUCAGUCUCCUCGUCGUCCUCGGGAGUCGAGCCGUCCGCACUCGGCGGCGGCGGGAGCCCGGGAGCCUGCCCCGCCCUGGGAGCGAAGAGCUGUGGCUCCUCCUGUGCGGAUUCCUUUGUUUCUUCCUCUUCCUCUCAGCCUGUAUCUCUAUUUUCGACCUCACAAGUGCACGAUCUGAUUUUUUGGCGAGAUGUAAAGAAGACUGGAUUUGUCUUUGGCACCACACUGAUCAUGCUGCUUUCCCUGGCAGCUUUCAGUGUCAUCAGUGUGGUUUCUUACCUCAUCCUGGCUCUUCUCUCUGUCACCAUCAGCUUCAGAAUCUACAAGUCUGUUAUCCAAGCUGUACAAAAGUCAGAAGAAGGCCAUCCAUUCAAAGCCUACCUGGAUGUGGACAUUACCCUGUCCUCAGAAGCUUUCCACAAUUACAUGAAUGCUGCCAUGGUGCACAUCAACAAGGCCCUGAAACUCAUCAUUCGUCUCUUUCUGGUGGAGGAUCUGGUUGACUCCUUGAAGCUGGCUGUCUUCAUGUGGCUGAUGACCUAUGUUGGUGCCGUUUUUAAUGGAAUCACCCUUCUGAUUCUUGCUGAGCUGCUUGUUUUCAGCGUCCCAAUUGUCUAUGAGAAGUACAAGACCCAGAUUGAUCACUAUGUUGGCAUUGCGCGGGAUCAGACCAAGUCAAUUGUUGAAAAGAUCCAAGCAAAACUCCCCGGAAUUGCCAAAAAAAAGGCAGAAUAAGCUCAUGGAAACCAGAAAUGCAACAGUUACUAAAACACCAUUUAUUAGUUAUAAUGUUGUUACUUGUACCAUGAAGGAACGUGCUCAGUGUCAGCUUGAGCCUGCAUUCCAAGCUUUUUUUUUUUUUCUUUUAAUUUGGUGUUUCCUCCCUUUCCCUCUAUCCUCAGUAUCAAGCACAAGAAGUGUUGGACUGAAAAAGAACUGAUAUCUUAGAACCCAAAAGAAUCAAAUUAAUAGGAUAAAUCAGACCUUAAUGGUGGUGGAGCUUUUAUCUGUAGCAUGAAAGGGAAAAGAUUGGAGGUAAAGAAUGAGAGUGAUAGAGCACAUCUCUUGGGUCCUCUAUCUGGUUUUCAAGGACUAAUCUUAAACAGCUCCCAUUAUAAUUUUGCCCUUAUUUUUAAGAAAUAAUGAUUAACUUAUGAAGAAGUUGUCUGGGGCAGGAGAAGGAUUUCUUCCCUUCUGGUUUUUGCAGCCCUCAAUCCAACAUUCCUGCCCCCACACUAAAAGCAGCUACUCAUAAUAUUCCUCCUCUUCACUUAAUAAUAUAACUUUGAACUGAUGAACUUACAGGUGAUAGUGGUAAUUCC